UCAGGUACCGGUCACCAAAGAAAAUCGCCUCUCUCUCCAGUUCACUUUGUCCUGUCGACGCAUUUGCAUCGACAACACUCCCAUUUCUCACCGAUAAGUAGAGUGAAGGCUCGCUGGAAAUCCCCAAAAUAAUGUGAAGUGUUGGAAGAUUCUCUUGAAAAGUGGGAGAUUCUCUUGAAAAAAACAAUUUCAUGCGGAAGAAAAAAAAUGUAUAAUACAGAGAUUGCAUAAAUUCUGUUACUUCCGGUAAUUAUCACGCCCCGAUGGUGAUAGCGAUGAAAAACCGGCUGAGUGUAACGGAUCAUUUCAAUAACAGUGGGCGCGAGUUCCUCUGAAUUCCACUCAUUAUUUAUCUAUUUUUAUUCCAAUUGUUGGCGGAAAGAAAUAAUAUAUCCUCGAGUGGUUUCCCGGGUUGUGUCUUACCGUGAUAACAAGUGAUACCAAGUGCUUGGGAUUGAGUCGUGAUGAGAAAUCCAGUGUGACACUCCAGGAAAUCAUGUGAAGAGACAUUUAAAAGGAAUUCAUUUAUUUUAUUUAAAAAAUGCCGGCAAUACAAUUAUUUGGACGCAAAUGGCUAGCGGCUACUGACGACCUAGUGUACCCAGGACUCUUCGAGAUAUUCAUCAGAGUCGUCUGGUUUGUUCUCCUCGGCAUUGCCUGCAUGCGUUAUUACGCCGAGACCUGGAAAUGCAAAACCGGUGGCGAAUUAGUCCGAGUAUUUUUAGUUGGAGAACUUGUGAUCCUAGGAAUUGCCACCAUCCUGGUCUUCAUGAUCGUCAAUCACAGUGCGAGGGGUUCUAUUGUUGACACCUACGCCAGAAGGCUAGUCGAGCCGCUCUUGACAGUGAAAAUUCUCCUGCUGGUCCCGGAGAUGAUCUGGAAUGUCCUGGGUACUCUCUGGAUUCUCACUGAUCACGUGCAAUGCACUAAUGAACAUUUCACAAUUACGACGAUUGAGGCCCUCGUAUUCUUCGAUUGGGUGCUGAUCGGUCUAGCAAUUCUGGGUCUUGCAUUCGUAUUUGAUCCCCUGGGAUCAUUAUCGCGCUCUGAUAAGGACCUCGAGGACUCGAUCGAGCAUGGAAAAGUCUCCAGGAUAUGGCUGAGAAGAUUCAAGCUGUUCUGGUGGAUGAGGCGGGACGAGAGCGCCAAUGAAACAUUUCAACAUGUUGCUGGAUUAUUGAGCGCUCUGUUCAGAGGAACUGAUUUAGUUCCCUCGGAUGUCAUGGCUGGUUGCGUACUGCUGCGUGUUAGACAAAAAAGGGAAACACUCGAGUUACGACGGCUGAAUAUCCUGGAGCGUCCGGAAUAUACCGCAGAUGCCAAAACGUUAUUCUCUAACGAGCCAGGAUGGAUGUCCUUGGAAUGGGCCCAUCACUAUAUCAAAUUGUCGAUAGCUUCGUACAGUUGGCUGUUCGUCAUGUACCAACACUUUUUCACUGGCUGUUGCAAGUUAAUCCCCAAUAUGACCUGUUGCGCGUGUUUUCGUCGACAGCGCAAUGUCCUGGAUGAUAAUUGUUGUUUAUGCAGUUUAGCUGGGGUAAAGCAACUGUCAAAGCUCUCGGAGGAGGAUAUUUUAUUCGCGUCCUUCAGGAAUCACCUCUGCGAGAUUCCAUUCUGCGUGAUAGCGGAUCAUAAAGCGGCCAGUAUAGCGGUUGUGAUAAGGGGCUCGUUAUCCCUGAGGGAUUUGAUUACAGACAUUGCUGCGGCCUCGGCGUCCUUCGAGCCUCCAGGAUUGCCGAAGGGCAGUAUGGCCCACCGUGGCAUGAUAAUUGGGGCAAAAGUCCUUCUCAAACAGCUCAACCAGUACAAAGUCCUCGAGAAGGCCUUCGAGGCGUAUCCCCAUUAUUCCCUGACGCUCACCGGGCACAGCCUAGGGGCAGGUCUCGCAGUACUUCUGGCCCUCCUCAUCCGUCCUCGCUAUCCCAAUUUACGUGUCUAUGCAUUCGCCACACCAGCUGGACUCCUCAGUAGAGAAGCUGCAAAGGUCACCGAAGACUUUGUCUUCACAAUUGGUCUGGGUGAUGAUUUGGUGAUGCGACUCAGUGUCGACAGCAUCGAGAACUUUCGAACGGGUCUCCUGAUAAUUCUGCAGGCGUGCAAGCUACCGAAAUACCGUGUAGUCCUCAAUGGGUUCGGAUACGCCCUCUUCGGGGUACCAGAGCGCGAUCUGAACAGAACAUGGAGAAAUGGCAACACCAUCAACUCAAUCCCAGGACACUUGCCACUCCUGGCUGAUGGUGUGGGCAAUCGCCAGGGAGAGACACUCAUACUCGAGCACGAUGUCACCAGGAGGCGGUACUCCCAGGUGAGGCUCUACAACGCCGGGAGAAUCCUUCAUUUGGCAAGAUGCAAAUUCGAUGACAAGGUGGAUGGAAAGAGGAGUGAGAGAAGAUUCGAGAUGAGGUGGGCGCAGCCCGAGGAGUUCAUGGAGCUCUCGGUGAUGCCUCGAAUGCUCCUUGAUCACCUCCCGGAGAAUUUGGAGGUUGCCCUCCGGAGUCUCAUCAGACAGCAGGAGGAUGUACCGAUACACAUCGGGGACUCAUGAUAUCGAAUAUCUCACGUAUAAAAAAUACGAUACCUACACGCCUCAGACGAUCUUGAUUAAUCAAAUAAAAAAUUUAGGUGCUUAUUUAGUAUUUAUGACUAAUCUCGUGCUCGAUGGCUACUCAUUCGAUGAUUACUCAUAAUUUUGUACAUUCCAAUGGAUAAACUUAAAUAAAUGAAUCAAUUUUA